CCGCCAUAAAACAUCAGAAGAAGAAGAAGCCGACGAGCGGCUACAGGGCGCCGUGCUGCUGGCGGCCAGUUUAAAGAGUCCCGGCUGGACGGUCCGCCGCUUCGUGUGCAGGGCUCUACAUCUUACACACUGUGUUCCGAACUGGAGGAGAUGCCAAGAGACAGCAUGCCACUGCAGGAUCUGCCCUGCCUGAGUCUUCAGGGCUCCAUGUUGUCUCAGUUCAAGAGGAUCACCAAACGCAAGUCGAGAGGCUGUGUCAGUGAGGGCCUGGACCCUGAAUGCACUCCGACAGAGCUCAUCCAGCAGUGGUCACCGAGCCACAAGCACCAGCGGCUCGUCAGCAAGGGGAAAGAGAACGACGGCAAGCAGUUUGUCCUCGCCAGGAGGUCAAGGAGGAAAAAAGAAUCCACGUCAGCGGGCAUUUCAUGGGACCACCUGCCUGACGAGCUGCUUCUCAAGAUCAUCUGCUACCUACCUCUGCAGGACCUCCUCAGGAUGUCGAUAGUCUGCAAGCGCUGGCAUCGCUUAGCGUUUGAUGAGUCUCUGUGGCACAGCGUGGAUCUGGAGGGGUUGACCCACGUGGGUCCAGCUCUGCAGCAGGUGCUGAAGACCGGAAUCCGCAGGCUGCGCUGCCCCCGCUCCUUCGUGGAGGAGCUGCACUUCACGGGCACGGGCCCACUGCAGAUAGUUGAGAUGGAUCUGUCCAGCUCCAUCAUCCCCACCUCGGCUCUGGAGAGCAUCAUCUGUCGGUGCAGGCUGGUGGAGUUUCUGAGCCUGGAGGGUCUGCAGCUCUCAGACUCCGUCAUCAGCUCUCUGUCCAAGAACCCAAACCUGCUGCAGCUCAACCUGAGCGGCUGCUCCGGCUUCUCUGCUCCGGCUCUGUCUGACGCGCUCAAAUCCUGCUCCAGUAUAGAGCAGUUGAACAUAUCAUGGUGCGACUUCAACAAUAAUCAUGUGAAGAGUGUUGUUGAUAAUCUGAGCUCCAGUGUUACUCACCUCAACCUCAGCGGUUACAGAGAGAGCCUCACGCUGGACAAUGUGAAGGUGCUGGUGACGAGAUGCCCCCACAUUCAAACUCUAGAUUUAAGUGACAGCACUCUGCUGAUGGCCGACAGCUUCCCUGUUCUCAAACAACUGAAGUAUCUGCGGCAUCUGUCCCUGAGUCGCUGCUAUCACAUUCACAUCGCUGCUCUCACGGACCUGGGCAAGACGUUCCCCAUGCUGUGCCUGCUGGAUGUGUUCGGCCUCGUCCACGACAGCCACCUGCCCUCUCUGAAGAAGGAGAUGCCUGGCGUCUGCAUCAACUCCAGGCCAUUCUCCAGCAUCGCCCGGCCCACGCCCGCCAGCAGGCUCGUCGGCUCCUGCAGCGACCGCGCCAUGUGGAACAGGAAGUGCCAGCUGAGGGUCAAACUGUAACCACCACGCCCCUCGUGUUUUUAAGCCGAGUUAGUUCCUGCUGCUGAGUGUUUGAUUCUGCAGUCCGGCCCAUUAUGCAGAGGUGGAGCCAUGUUUCAGUGUUUCUUGCUGCUACAGAAGAGGGUUUUAGUGUUGGCUGGCAUUAACGUACUGAAGGUCACAUACUGGGCCGAGCCUUUCGGUACUGAACGUGCGAGCGUGUAGAGAAAUGUAAUGCUUUAUUUAGGAAAGUCAGAUGUGGAUGUUGAAUCCAGUUCUUGUUGGAAUGUGUUAACACAAACUUUUAGUGGAUUUUUGAAUCUGUUUUAGGUUCUAAUAAUGUGUUAAUUUAAAAUAUUUUGUAAGGGAAACGUGGUUUAAAAGGCUCAACUUGAAAAUCAGAUGUGGGAUGUCUAUGAAUAUUUGGGACAGCUGAAUCCUCAGACAUUUUAAUACUGAUGGCAGAAAUGUCCUGUUCUCAGCUGUAAUAAUGAGAGAACAGCUGAUUUUAAUCAGUGAGGAAGUUUUAAUGUAAAAUUAUGUAUCUGGAUCUUGAAUCUCCAAACUGUUGCUAACACUACGUUCUACACAUUGUCUGGCUGGCUGUGUGCUACUGUAAUAACUGGACCGGGUUAUCAUUAAUGCACAUGGGACUCUCCAGCUGGACAGUAGGUGCUUUUGUGAUGAGCUCAUUUUGUCGGUGUUCAUGUGCUGUAUGUUCACUGCUCUAUAUUACCAUUUCACUCAAAUGUCAAACAGACUGAACUUUAAUGGAACACGUUUUAACUUCCCUUCCGAGUCUGAACAAGUAAACCACUGAAUACGCCAACUGUU